UUAAACAUUGGAAUGCUUUUAAAAAUAAACAUGUUUUGGUUUCUCGUAGUUAUCAGAAGUAAAUUGCCUUUAUAUUUCCACCAGUUAGAGGUCAUGAUGAAGAGUCAGGUUGCGCUGCUUUAUGUCCUGAUCAUUGUGAGUGAAGAAUCAGCCCAAAGCCUGAUACCCCGCCGGAGCGUUUCCUUCUCAGAUGUUAACCUGAAGCUGUUUAAGGAGCCUGACUUUGACGGUUUGAGCUCCGCGCUGGUGAGAGAAGACAUCGGUCAGCUCUUCAUCGGAGGCAGAGGAAAGAUCAUCACACUCAGUUUGGAUGACAUCACUAAAAAGACCGGCGAGACUAACUGGAUGGUGAGCUCUGAAGACAAAUCCCUGUGCCAGACGAAAGGCAAGAGCAUCGAGGAUUGUGACAACUACAUCACGAUGAUGCACACUCUGGAUGAUGGCAGAAUACUGGUUUGUGGAACCAAAGCAUUCGACCCUACCUGCACACACCUGAUUUUCAAAGAAGGAAAUGUCAUCAUGGAAGACACAACUGAGAAUGGCAGAGGGAAAAUUCCCUUUAACCCCAAAGAAAGAUUUGCCUCCAUGAUGACUGAAAACAUGUUAUAUACUGCUGGUUCUAUAAACUUCCUGGGAUUAAUAAAGAAUUUCCAAAGACAUGGGAAGAAUGCCCUCAAGACCGAAGAGAAGCAUUCUUGGCUCAGUGACCCCGAUAUGAUUUCCAUACACCUGGCUGAAAUGAGCAAAAUUUCAAAGACCAAUGAGGACGACAGCGUGUUGUUGUUCCUCACUGAGAAUGCUGUCGAAGAACGACACAGGCUGCGACUGUCGAGAGUUGUACGAGUGUGUAAAAGUGACUUGGGAGGACUGAGAACUUUGCAGAAAAAGUGGACUUCUUUCCUGAAAGCCCAUCUGGACUGCCCGUUUGGAGGCAUGCCUUCACAGUCUCUGGUGGAGGAUGUAUUUCUUCUGCGAAAUGAAAAGAACUUGUUGGACAGUGUCUUCUACGCAACAUUCACCUCAAACUUGGAGACGUCCAGUUCCUGCAGUCAGUCCGCUGUCUGCGCCUACAAGCUGUCAGACAUCCAGCAAGUUUUCAAGGGGAAUUUUCUGACCAUGACAGAUUCUGGCUGCUGGGUGAAGUACACAGAAGAAGUGCCUAACCCCUACCCUGGUUCAUGUAUUAAUGAUGAAAUGAGAGCCAAAGGUGUGAGGACCUCUCAUGACCUACCAGACUCAACCCUGCUGUUUAUGAUAAACCACCCUCUGAUGGAGCAAGUUGUGACACCGAUCACUGGGAAGCCCCUGCUGGUUGGGUCUGCGGCCCAGUUCUCCAGAAUUGUUGUUGACAAAGUAACCUCUCUGGAUGGACAGCAGCACAACGUCAUGUUUAUUAGCAACAACUCUGGUUGGGUGCAGAAGGCGGUGUGGUCUGGUGAUGAUGGAGGGCGAAUCAUUGAGGAGUUGCAGCUGUCUCAGGAUCCUCAGCCCAUUCGCUUCCUUCAGCUCUCCUCUAGAAGCGGUCAGCUGUACAGCACAACUAGAACUGCUGUUGUUCAGCUCAGUGUGAGGGACUGCAGCCGCUACACAUCCUGUGCUGACUGCCUUAUAGCCAGAGAUCCAUACUGUGGCUGGAACCGUCACACAGGCCUGUGUGCUGCUGUUGCUGGUGCUUCAAAACUCUCCAUGAUCCAGAACCUCAUUGAUGGUGACUUUGGAAUUUGCCCAAGCUCUCAUUGCAAUGCCAAAGCAGAUUACCGACAUCCAUCUCACAGUUGACGUCGCGCAGUUCCUCCCCUGCAACCCUGAUACCAAUCUCCCCAUCAGCUGGAGCUUCUCUGGUAGCAUCCUUAAGCCAAGUCCCCGACACACUCUGCUCAGCCAGGGACUCAUUUUAACAC